AUGAUACAUGAUCAAUCUAAGCCAGUUAUAGGGAAAUCAGGCGUUCCUCAAGGACCUUCUGAGCAAAAGGUUGCCGUGGUUACUGUUGACGACUGUGACACUUCUGUUGCAUUGCGCUUUGGCAGUUUCAUUGGGAAUUAUUCCUGUUCAGCUCAAGGAACACAAUCUGGAUCAAAAAAGUCUCUGGAUUUGACAGGUCCUUUGCUUCUUGGUGGAGUUCCAAACUUGCCUGAGGACUUUCCUCUUCAGAAUCAUGAAUUUAUGGGAUGCAUGAAAAACCUGUUUAUAGAUAACCAGCAAAUUGAUAUGGCUGAUUUCAUAGCAAAUAAUGGCACAGUGUCAGGGUGCUCUGCAAAGUGGAAUUUCUGUGAUUCAAACACGUGCAAGAAUGGAGGAACAUGUGUGAACAGAUGGGAGACCUUCAGUUGUGAGUGUCCCCUGGGCUUUGGAGGCAAGAACUGUGAACAAGUAAUGGCCAGUCCACAACGGUUUCUCGGGAGCAGCCUUGUUUCCUGGAGUAAUCUUGUCAACACAAUCACUUCACCCUGGUGCAUUGGUCUGAUGUUCCGGACACGGCAAGCAACUGGCAUCUUUAUUCGAAUAGAAGCUGGUCAGUUCUCAACAGUUAGCAUUCAGCUCAGUGAGGGAAAUGUGAUGUUAAGUGUGUAUCGCUCAAGCAGUCGGAUCACAGCACUGACAAUGGACCAAAUAAAAGUAAAUGAUGGUGAUUGGCAUCACUUGCAGCUAGAACUUAAUAGUUCCAAAGAUGAGUUGAAAACCAAAUACACAGCUCUCAUGUCUAUAGACUAUGGACAUCACCAGACAAUGGUCGAAAUUGGUAGCGAGCUGCAUGGAUUGAAUCUGAAAACAAUCAGUGUCGGUGGAGUCUCAGGAAAUGAUGGCAGUGUUCUUCAUGGGUUCCGGGGAUGUAUACAGGGGAUUCGUAUUGGUGAGACACCAUCCACAGCAGUGGCAUUGAAUAUAAACCAUGCUGAAAAGGUGAAUGUGGAGAGAGGCUGCAGCAUUCCUGAUCCCUGUGAUUCCAGCCCAUGUCCUACAAACAGCUACUGCAGUGAUGACUGGGAUAGCUACUCCUGCAGCUGUGACCCAGGUUACUAUGGUGAGGAUUGUAAGGAUGUUUGCACACUAAAUCCUUGUGAACAUCUAUCUGUGUGUACCCGUAAACCCAGUUCUUCUCAUGGUUACACUUGCGAUUGCUCAGUGAAUUAUUUUGGACAAUACUGUGAGACCAAGAUUGAUCAGCCUUGUCCUAAAGGAUGGUGGGGAAAUCCUAUGUGUGGACCCUGUAACUGUGAUACAAGAACUGGAUUUGAUGUAGACUGUAACAAGACCUCUGGAGAAUGCAGGUGCAAGGAAAACCACUACAGACCUCCAGAAAGCAAUGCCUGCUACCCUUGUGACUGUUACUCAACUGGUUCACUUGCUCGCUCCUGUGAUAUGGAGACAGGACAGUGUCAGUGUAAACCUGGUGUGAUUGGAAGGCAGUGCAACCGCUGUGACAAUCCGUUUGCAGAAGUCUUCACCCAAGGGUGUGAAGUGAUUUAUGACAGUUGUCCACGAGCUAUGGAGGCAGAGAUCUGGUGGCCCAGAACUAAGUUUGGACUCCCCGCUGCAGUACCUUGUCCCAGAGGAUCAAUGGGAACAGGAAUUCGACAUUGUGAUGAACACAGGGGCUGGCUCCCUCCUGAUCUCUUUAAUUGUACCACCAAUGUUUUUGUAGAGCUGAAAACCUUUGCUGAUAAAUUGAAACGGAAUGAGACUUUGCUGGACAUGGAAAAAUCCAAGAAAAUUGCCCUCAUGUUGCGGAAUGCCACCCAGCACACAGAUGAAUAUUUCGGUAGUGAUGUCAAGGUCGCGUACCAUGUGACCUCAAAAAUCUUAGAAUUUGAGAACACACAGCGGGGAUUUGACUUGGCUGCAACCCAGGAAGUCCAGUUCACAGAGAACCUUAUUAAAGUUGGAAGUGCAAUUCUUGAUAUCAGUAACAAGAAGCACUGGGACAUAAUCCAGCAAUCAGAUGGAGGAACUGCACACUUGCUAAAGCACUAUGAAGAUUAUGCAAAUGCUCUGGCACAAAACAUGAGAAAAACCUACCUCACCCCCUUCACCAUUGUCACACCCAAUAUUGUGAUUUCAGUAGCUCGUCUUCACAAAAUGAACUUUUCUGGAGUGAAACUUCCACGGUAUGACUUCAUCCGAGGAGAGAAGCCUAAAGACUUGGAGACCAUUGCAAUCCUUCCAGAGACAAUUUUUACACCUGCAGAAACUAAAGAAAAUCCCAAAGUCCCAACCUCCUCAUCGGAAGACGAAAGCACAGCUCUGAGCAGAAAACGGAGACAGUCUGAUUUAAAUGAGCAGGAUGCCAUCGCUAGUAUAAUAAUCUAUUGGACACUGGGACAGCUUUUACCAGAACGUUAUGAUCCUGACAAAAGAAGUCUAAGGGUUCCUAAGCGACCUGUCAUUAACAGCCCCAUAGUGAGUAUUGCCGUCCAUGACAACGAUGAAUUACUACAGCACCAACUGGAAAAGCCCAUCAGAGUGCAGUAUAGGCUUUUUGAAACUGAAGAACGAUCCAAGCCCAUUUGUGUCUUCUGGAACCAUUCCAUCCCUGUUGGUGGAACCGGAGGCUGGUCAUCAAAAGGAUGUGAAUUAGUCUUCAGGAAUGAGACCCAUAUCAGCUGUCAGUGUAAUCAUAUGACAAGCUUUGCUGUUCUGAUGGACAUUUCUAGACGAGAGAAUGGUGAAAUUCUGCCUCUGAAGCUGGUCACAUACUCCACUGUGGCUGUCUCACUCAGUGCUUUGCUGCUGUCCUUCUUGAUUCUCCUGUUUCUAAGGGCCCUUCGUUCAAACCAGCACAGCAUCAGUAAAAACAUGGUCAUGGCUCUCUUCUUGUCUGAACUCAUCUUUGUCCUUGGAAUUAACCAAGCAGAUAAUCCAUUUGUUUGCACUGUGAUUGCCAUUCUCCUCCAUUUCUUCUACAUGUGCACCUUUGCCUGGAUGUUCUUGGAAGGGCUUCACAUUUACCGCAUGUUAACAGAGGUUCGUGAUAUCAACUAUGGCCCCAUGCGAUUCUACUAUAUGGUUGGCUGGGGUGUCCCUGCCUUCAUCACAGGGUUGGCUGUUGGCCUUGAUCCUGAAGGUUAUGGUAAUCCUGAUUUCUGCUGGUUGUCCAUCUAUGACACUUUGAUAUGGAGCUUUGUCGGUCCCAUAACUGCAGCAGUUUCUAUGAAUGUUUUUCUUUAUAUUCUGUCUGCCAAAACUUCCUGCAGACCAGGACAUCAAGGUUUUGAGAAGAAAGGAAGUGUGUCUGGAUUGCGUACAGCAUUUGUGGUGCUGCUGCUUGUCAGUACAACCUGGUUCUUGGCCUUGUUGGCUGUGAACAGUGACACCAUUGUUUUCCACUAUCUCUUUGCUGGUUUUAAUUGUCUCCAGGGUCCAUUUAUUUUCAUCCGUUGCAUCCUCAACAAUGAAGUAAGAAAAGCUUUUAAAUAUACCUUCAGUAAGAAGCACACAGAUGAUACUGUUGGCACAACAAAAUCAACAUUGGCAUCAUCAUUGUGUAACAACACGUAUAUUGAUGGUCGUGCAUGUCACUCAACCUUUGGUGAUUCAGCUGCAUCAGUAAGCAGUACUUCAAGGUCAGGGAAAAGCCAUAACAGUUACAUUGCAUUCGUCCUCAGGGAAGAAGCUGCUUUGAAUAAUAGUACCUCAAGUCAAGCCCAUGUUGCUCUCACUGACCAUGCCACUUCCUUAUUCCAUGAGAUUAAGACAAACCCAGAUGAACACGAUUCAGACUCUGACAGUGAUCUGUCACUGGAAGAUGACCAAAGUGGAUCUUAUGCCUCCACACAUUCUUCAGAUAGUGAAGAUGAUGAUUAUCAAGGAGACCCAGGUUGGGAAAAAAUUAUAUCCCCAAAUAAUGAAAAACAUCAUCAUCACAGUACUCCAAAAGUGGACAACAUUUCUGCUCAUGUGAAACCUUAUUGGCCAGGAGAAUUUAUGACAACAGCAAGUGAAAGUGAAGGUCCUGGCGGGUCAGAGAAUUUGAAAGUCGAAACUGUGGCAAACAUUGAGCUUCACCGAGAAAAGCUUAACUAUUUGGAUGAGAAGCCAAAGGAAAAUGGAGACAGCUUGUACAAAGAAAAUGCAUUAUCAUUGCCUAACCCUAACGCACAACCUCAGAAAGGAAUUUUGAAAAAUAAAGCAUUACCAUUAUUCUCAGAGAAAAACAGCAUCAAUCGAAUUCAUAAUGAACUUUCCAACCAUAAACCUGCCACUGUCUGCUCACGAGCAUCUUCAGUGGGAUCCAGUGAAGGAAGUCGAGCAGGAGGUGUAACAAAACUGAGACAAACAACAGGGGAAAUGAAUGGAGUGAUGCCCAUACCUAUGAGCAUUAAAACAGGCACAGUUGAUGAAGAUUCAUCAGGGUCUGAUAGCAGUGAUGAGACCUCGAUAUGACUUGUCAGCAUAGGAUGAAGAGGAUUGCUAAAAAGCUGCGGCGAUGUCACUUUGCUUACUUCCUAUAGUGCUGGUGACUUGUGCCUUGUCCCAAAGCGCAAUGCUCGCACAUAAGCAGACUGUCUAAUAUGGAAAGGAAAGGAACUGCUGUCAUCAGGAGAGGGUGUCUGGAAGAAGUGAUCACUUAUUGUCAGUGCCAAAUCUUGCUGAAAUGCUGUUCUGAACAAAGUGGGUGCCUGGAAACUACAUUACACAAUGAUCAAAAUGCACCCAGACAUACUUCAGAACAGUGAGGACAGCGCAUGGAGCAACCAAAAUUCAAAGAAGCCAAUUAAAGUUUCAGAAUUUUGAGUUCUCAAACAAUGUGCAGAAAAAUGAAAGACUUAAAGCUUCAGGGAAUUUAUUGUAACUACUGUUUAUAUGAUAUCUGUUCAUGAUUAUAGCUCCGUAUUGAAAACUCCCCUUGACAACCUCAAUCAAAUGCUUUUUUUGAUUUCAACUGUCCAAAUUAUAGGAUGUAAGAGACACGCAUUACAGGAAUUAUAUAAAUUGCCUUACAAUAAGGUCACGUAACUUGUAAUUAUGGCUAUCUUAAAUUUAAACCUACAGUUUUUUUUAAUAUGCAAAAGCAUUUAAUUCUGUUACAAUGAUUAGAAUGUUUUGCUGCACUGAAAACUUGUUUUCUCAAUCACAUAUUCAAUACAGUUGUAAUGGAUUGAGUAUUUUCUCUAAAAACCAUUGGUACUAUUUGGGAAUUGUAUAAAGUAAAAAUGGCAUACAUGGCCUGUUUUAUUUGGUAAUGAUGAACCUUUAUUUAUAAUCCAAUUACCAGUUUUGAUUUUGAGUUUGUCUUUGGGAAACUAUAUUGUCAAAGGUUGUACCUAUGGCAGUCCCCUUUGAAUAGCUCUCAUAGAGGGCUGUAUGCUAUGACUGGGCAAAUACAAGCCGUUUAACUGUAACUACAUUCACCACAUGUGAAAACAAAUGCCUUUAGCCACAUGGCCUUCAUGCUCCAGCUAUAGUGGAGUUGUUCUCAGACCAAUGCCUACUUUGAACUUUUUUUUACAAGACAGUUGUUUGUAGAUAUUUUGAUAUAAUUUUUAAGUUGUCUUGAGAGAAAAUGUGUGUUGUACAUGCUUUUCUGUUUUAAGUUGGUUAACAUAGUUCUAAGGGAAAAAUGAGUAGGAACUGCAGGAUGUUUAUUUAAAAAAAUGCUGCUCAUUUUUUUCUGUUAAUAUGGUGUCUGUUAAUAUUGUAUAGAUUCAAUGUUUGACUGAAAGUAAAGGCUUCCACUAUUUUAUCUGAAAAAAAAAUUUUUUCCAUUGUUGUCACCACAAAAGACCAGAAUACUGAAUGCUUUCUAACAGUGAAUUGUACAGUGAGUUCCUUAAUGUACAUACUGGCAGUUUUUAAAUAAAUGUAGUUGAAACAGAUAUAGUAACCUGAAA